AUGAGUCAAACUCAAACUCCAUUUAAUAUCAGCACACCAAACUCAACACAUCAACAAGUGACUCAACAUCCUCCGCCUGACUUUUCUCAAAUUCCAACGGAUUCAUUAGAAUCGAUAAGGAACAGACUAAACCAAAUCCACUUGUCAUUGCGUAAACUAGCCGAUCAAAUUAAUGGACAUAAUCGACAUCCAAACAAGAUCAAACUUCCAUCAUAUUCCCAUUUUCAAAAUCAAUUUCAGGUUUUAAUUACACAAUUAACUUCAAUAGCAUCGAUCUUGUACAGCAACGAAGACCUUCUUCGAAAUACAAAUGUUUAUCCUGUACCUAAUUUCCCAACAAGUGCUCAAGAAGGAUUAUUAACUACAUUAUUACGUAAGAAGGCGUUACCUGAAGUAGAUGAAUGGACUACUACUGCAUUGGCCAAGUCGGAAUCCGAAUCUGCUCAAACAUCCAUGAAUUUGCAAAAAUAUGAUGAAUUAGCUCAAUGGUGUUUUGCCAAAGUGCAAGAAUUACGGGAUGAAUUUCAAUUUUAUGGAUUCCAUACUGUAGAAGAAUUAGAUUUCUUGGAAACGACUGAGGGAAAGAAAGAAGCCCAAGAAAAGAAAGAGUUGGAAAACCAACGUGAAGAACUUGAGAUCAAACUUACUGCAGGGAACAAGAAGGGUUUACAUCCAAAUCAAGUAUUAAAAUUUAUGUAUCAGGGUCAAAUAUAA